AUGUCGGAGCGAAAAAAGAGUCUUAUCACUACUAUCAAUAAUCAACGAAAAUAUUCACAAGUGGCCAAAGCGGCGGUCCUUUCGUCGGCGAUGCUGGCCCGGAAGAACUCAUCGUCACGUGGAGCACCGGGAUCAGCAGCUCCGUUCGGAGCCCGUGAGAGCAUUGCCGCCAUAUCAGACAUGCUCAGCACGCAACACAAAAAGCCAGUUAGGAACAGUUACGUAGAAAGUGAACGAGUGGAGUGGGCUCUCAAGAUAGCAUGUACGAUAUCAAUGAUAACGGUCUGUCUACACACUCCACGAACAAUAGAACUAUUCCCAUCACUCACAUAUAUCAUUCUGGCCGCCGACUUCAUUUCAGUAUCAAUUUUUAUGUUGGAUUCAGUGUUACGAAUUCAUUAUGAAGGCAUUUUCCGAUGCGAUUCCUCAUAUUUAUCCAAUCGCUGGUCCCAAUUUUCUGUUUUCAUCUCCAUCAUCCACUUACUCUCGUUUUUGCUUCAUUGUUAUCAACUUAUCGACAAGUUUUUUCCAUUUCUGCACCUCCAUUACCGUACCUGGUACGGUGUCAUUCGGUCGAUUCGACCAUUCAUCAUUAUCAGAUUAAUACCACUAGUAGUCAAAUUUAAGUUACCAAAACAGCGGAUAGAACAGUUGUUGAAACGCUCGUCCCAGCAAGUGAAGAAUGUCACAUUGUUUUUUGUUUUCUUCAUGACCUUAUAUGCAAUUUUUGGAAUUCAAUUGUUUGGGAGAAUGGAUUAUCAUUGUGUGCAGCCGAAAACGGAUCCCAACAACGUCACAAUAAUGGAUCUUGCGAUUCCGGACACCAUGUGUGCUCCAGAAGGAAUCGGUGGAUACGAAUGUCCCGCCCCCAUGGUCUGUAUGCAACUGAAUCUGAAUGCAAAAGGAGAAGGAUUCUAUGGAAUGUUCAAUGAUUUCGGAGCAAGUGUAUUCACAGUAUAUCUAGCUGCAUCUGAAGAAGGAUGGGUUUAUGUUCUCUAUGAUUGUAUGGAUUCUUUGCCUUCCUACCUGGCAUUUCUCUACUUUUGUACUUUGAUUUUCUUUCUCGCCUGGCUAGUCAAGAACGUUUUCAUCGCUGUCAUCACUGAAACGUUCGCGGAGAUUCGAGUACAGUUCAGUGAGAUGUGGCAGAAAAAGGAAGUGACUUUGGAUGAGGGGUUUCGGAAGAAACUAGAGAAAACCGAAGAUGGAUGGAGGUUGAUUCGGUUGGAUGGAGAAGUUGAAGCAGAGGGUCCGAAGCAGAAGUUGCAAUGGGUAUGGAUUUUGAUAAGUAUCUUUUCAAAUCCAGUUGUUUUUCAGAUGCUCCGAAGUAUGUAUUUUCAAUGCUUCGUUAUCAUUUUCGUAGUCCUCAAUGCCAUUGGAAACGCGAUGUUUGUCUAUCGUCACGAUGGAACGGACAUUCUCAGAAAACACAAUUUCUACAUUUUCGAAGUUGCAUUCACGAUUUUGUUCAACGUCGAAUGCAUCAUCAAAAUUCUGUGUUAUGGAUUUCGAAACUUCAUUAGACGUGGAAUUUUCAAGUUCGAGCUGAUUCUGUGCGUCGGAAGUUCGUUGAACUGUGUGAAAUUUUUCUACGAUAGGAACUAUUUCACCUAUUUUCAAACUUUUCGUCUUCUUCGACUGAUCAAGGCAUCGCCGAUUCUUGAAGACUUUGUUUGGAAAAUAUUUAGUCCUGGAAAAAAGUUGGGUGGUCUUGUGAUAUUCACCAUCGCUUUCAUUUGUUGUUGUUCUGCGAUUUCUCUUCAACUCUUCUACUCGGUUCCGAAUCUUCAUCACUUUCGGACAUUUCCACAGGCCUUCAUGUCCAUGUUCCAAAUUAUAACACAAGAAGGUUGGACAGAUUUCGUUGUGGAAGUUCUACGAGCCACUGAUGACAAUCUGGUUCCCUUUGUGGCACUUUAUUUCGUCGCGUACCAUCUUUUUGUGACUCUGAUUGUACUUUCUUUAUUCGUCGCCGUAAUUCUUGAUAAUCUGGAAAUGGAUGAAGAGCUGAAGAAAGUGAAACAGCUGAAAGCUCGAGAAGCGACAACUUCAAUGAGAUCCACACUUCCAUGGAGACUUCGGGUAUUUGAGAAAUUCCCGACGAGACCACAAAUGGCUGUGAUGAGAAAGUUAGAGUAUAAUUACAGAGCCGACAGUGACUUUCCGAUGCCAAAAGUUCGUGGAAGUUUCACUCAUCAAUUCGCAGUAGAUCACAGCUUGGAGACAACAGAUUCGAUGGAAACAGAUUUUGAGUUCCCGAAAAAGUUAAUGAAAUCGGCUGGUAAACGAAAAAUCUCAAAAUAUGGCCUAACAUUUCGUCAAGUUGGAUCCACAUCUCUCCGAUGCAGUCUCAAUAAUCUUCUAGAAAUGUCCGAUCGCACCCGUCAAUCGUUGUCUAAUUCGUUAUCUUUUUUGCCCCAUUUCACACGUUCAUCCGGCAGUUUAUAUCCAAGGAGAGGCGCUCUACCAAAAUCUCGAUCAAUGACUGGAAAGUUUCUGCAAACAGCUGUAAGGAACAAGCAGUUCAAUAUGUACAGUGAGAACGGAGAUCUUUCAAGACCAUCAGAUUCCGCGCCGAAGAAAAAUGCAAAGCAAGGAGAAAUUGAUAUUCGAGCGUUGCAGCAGAAGAGACAGCUCGCUGAAAUUACAAGAAACCGAAUCGAAGAAGACAUGCGAGAGAAUCAUCCAUUCUUCGACCGACCUCUUUUUCUUGUUGGAAGAGCUUCCCAAUUACGAGAAUUUUGCAAAAAACUAGUUCAUUCCAAGUAUGAUAGCCAGGAUGACGGAAUAAAUGGAGGUGCAAAAACAAAGAAACGGUUCAAAGAGAUUCGAGCACUCAUUGGAAUCAUGCCUUAUAUUGAUUGGGCAAUGGCUACAGUAACCAUUGUUUCCUGUAUUUCAAUGCUUUUCGAAAGUCCGUGGCCAACGACUGGAGAGAAUUUGGUGAUGUACAAUGCGUAUUUGCAGAUCGGAGACUACUUCUUCGUAUUGGCAAUGACGCUCGAGCUAUGUGUUAAAAUAAUCGCCAAUGGUCUCUUUUUCACACCAAAGGCAGUUGUCCGAGAUGUUGGCGGUGUCAUGAAUCUCUUCAUUUACUUUACCUCUGUCAUAUUCCUCGCUUGGAUGCCAAAGCAUGUCGAAAUCAACAGUUUAGCUCAGUUUCUGAUGAUUUGUAGAGCAAUGAGACCAUUACGGAUUUACACCUUGGUUCCUCAUAUUCGGAGAGUAGUUCUCGAGUUCUUUCGUGGAUUCAAAGAAAUCGUUUUGGUAACGAUACUCAUGAUAGUUGUCAUGUUUAUUUUUGCCAGUUUUGGAGUACAAAUUGUUGGUGGAAAGCUGGCUGCAUGCAAUGAUCCGACUAUUACAGCUAGGGAAAACUGCACUGGUGUCUUCUGGCAAAAAUUGUUUGUGACCCGUCUUGAAGUAUAUGGCAAGGACACGGAUGCAAUGCACCCCAAAAUCAUGGUUCCUCGAGUUUGGACGAAUCCUCGAAAUUUCAAUUUCGAUCAUGUUGGAAACGCAAUGCUGGCUUUAUUCGAAACUUUAAGUUUCAAAGGAUGGAACGUCAUCAGAGAUAUUUUAUGGAAUCGUCAUGGACCAUGGGCUGUUGUCUUCAUUCAUAUUUAUGUAUUCAUUGGAUGUAUGAUUGGUUUGACAUUAUUCGUUGGAGUCGUCAUUGCCAAUUACACUCAGAAUCGAGGAACUGCACUUCUUACUGUAGAUCAAAGAAGAUGGCACGAUCUAAAAGCUCGAUUGAAAAUGGCACAGCCACUUCAUGUACCACCGAAGCCUUCUGAAUCGGCACGUCUCCGUACCAAACUUUACGAUCUUACAAUGAGUAGAGGAUUCAAUCAAGCGUUUGCUCUUCUGGUAGUUCUCAAUUCGUUUACUUUGGUUAUUCCAUGGAACGUGGAGGAGGAAGAACAACGAGCAACUUAUGUGUUCACUGUAACAGCUCUGGCAGCAUUUAUCACGAUGCUCUUCGUUGUGGAAAUUAUUCUAAAAGUCAUCGCUUACACGUUCUCCGGCUUCUGGCAAUCGAGAAGAAAUCGAGUGGACUUGUUGAUUACUGUUUUUGGAGUGAUUUGGAUUUUUCUUCAUUUUUUCGUCGCUCUUCCCUCUUCGAAGGUUGAUGUAAUCGUGCAAGUUCAAUUGAAGAAGUUCACAUACACUUUCGGAUAUUUGGUUGUGAUUUUGCGAUUCUUCACAAUUGCUAGUCGUAACUCCACUCUAAAAAUGCUGAUGCUCACAGUAGUAAUGUCCAUGUUUCGAUCCUUCUUCAUUAUCACUGCUCUCUUUCUUCUUGUCCUUUUCUACGCCUACACUGGAGUCAUUUUGUUUCCGAUGGUCAAGUAUGGGAUGGCAGUUAGCAAACAUGUGAAUUUUCGAACGGCAUCUGAAGCGUUGGUUGUGUUAUUUCGAUGUCUUACCGGAGAGGAUUGGAAUGAUAUUAUGCAUGAUUGUAUGAGAAGUGCCCCAUUCUGUUAUUGGAACGAGGGAAUGAACUAUUGGGAGACGGAUUGCGGCAACUUCUAUGGAGCCAUAAUCUACUUUUGCUCCUUCUACCUCAUCAUCACGUACAUUGUCAGAAAUCUUCUUGUUGCAAUCAUUAUGGAGAACUUCUCUCUAUUCUACUCGUCGGAAGAAGAUGCGCUGCUCAGUUAUGCAGAUAUUCGUAAUUUUCAAUAUGUCUGGAAUAUGGUAGAUCAAGAACAGAAAAGGACAAUUCCAGUGGAAAGAGUGAAAUUUCUGUUGCGGCUAUUCAAAGGGAGACUCGAAGUGGAUCCAGAGAAAGAUCGGAUCCUAUUCAAGCAUAUGUGUUAUGAAAUGGAACGGUUGCAUAAUGGAGAGGAGGUAUCAUUUCACGAUGUUUUAUAUAUGCUCUCAUACCGAUCAGUGGACAUUCGUAAAUUCCUUCAACUCGAAGAACUGUUACAACGAGAAGAGCUGGAAUUCAUAAUAGAAGAAGAAGUAGCAAAACAGACCAUCCGAACAUGGUUAGAAGGAUGUCUUCGAAAAAUGAGAAACCCUAGUCAGAAAGAUGUGGAAGGUGUGAUUCCAUCUGGAACUGGAGGCCAUCCGGUUGUCCAUUCGUCUGGACACUCGUCGAUUUCUCACGAAGAAACUGUGCAGCAAAGACUUCGAUUUGAGAGUAAUGGAAGAAACAGUGUCGAUACAGAAGAGACGGAGAGUAGUGAAGAAGACACGCCUCCACCGAUUAGGAAGAAGGCUGCUGUUAAGAAUCGGAGGGGUAGUAUUCCGGAUGUUCUUUCGAGAACAGGCCUAUUCCAAGAGGCUGCUCGAAAGUUCAUGGUCGGAAGCUCAAGUGAGAAAAAGCAAGUAAAGUCGCGAUCGCCUGAAACCGUCCAGUUGCUUCCGAAACGAGCUAGUUCGGAAAUCCGAAAGGGUUCCGGACAGCCCAAGAAUUUUCAUCUACAAUUGAACGUUUAUGAUCUUCCGGAUGUGGAAGAACGUGGAGAAGAUUCUCCAUUCUCACCCAAAAACUUAUCUGACGAAUUUAUGGGAGAUCAUUCGCCACUGGUGAUAACUCCCUCUUUACCGGUACCAUCGACACAGGGAAGCCCGAGACCACUGAUGCCGAGUGAAACUACAAAAGAUAUAGAAAAAUGGUGGAAUUCUCUGGUCGAUUAG